AUGAACGCUAAGUGUGAACGAUUGAGUUUUGACGUGGAAGGGGAAUUUGGUGUUAAGAAAAUCGCGCACGCACUAGCGGUAUCGAACUUAGACUUACCAAUCCAAUCAUUUUGUAAUGAACUUUCGCAAUACGUAGAGCAUAGGACGGGGAUCAACGUGAAAACGUAUUUCAAUGCGCGCCCUCUCAUUCUAAUCGGCCAAGACAAUUGGCAGUUUCUUGAAGUGCAGGAGUCUCGGAUAGUAAAAGACAGCGGCCUUAUCGUUUCGCGAUCCGAGUUAGGUUGGACGGUGCAUGGUUACAUAGAACAAAGUAAAAUUGUGAGAGUAAACUCUAAUGUACAUGCAAUGCUUUCUAUCUCGAAUCCGUCGGAAAGCUCGGAACAGAAUAGCUUGGCAAAUUUAGAUCGGCUAAUUCACCAAUAUUUUGAGUUAGAAAAUUUGGGUGUAGCUGCGACCAGUAUAAAAAAGGAUCAAGAGGAAAGGGCGAUAAACAUUUUACGAAUGACAACACGUAAAAUUGGCAAACAGUGGGAAACGGGUCUAUUGUGGAAGUCGGAUUCUAUACCGGAUAUAGAUAGUAAAGCGACGGCGCUUAAAAGACUUCAUUCACUCGAGCGGAAGCUAGAUCGAAACCCUGCGUUCGCAUCACUUUAUUAUCGGGAAAUGCAACGUUUAAUUGAUAAUAAAUACGUAGUGAAAGUCUCGAAAGACUUGCGUAGACCGCGGAUCUGGUAUGUCCCUCAUUUCGGCGUUGAAAAUAUUAACAAGCCUAAUAAAGUGCGAUUGGUAUUCGACGCGGCCGCGAAAACGGGGGGAGUGUCUUUAAAUGAUCAACUAGAAACCGGGCCGGAUUUAUUAGAGUCAUUAAUAGGGGUCUUAUUGAGAUUUAGACAGUAUUCGAUUGCAGUUAAAGCAGAUAUUAAGGACAUGUAUUUGCGCGUUAAAAUAAUCGAAUCGGACAGAGGAGCGCAACGAUUUUUAUGGCGUAACAAAGACCGAAAUCGAGAACCGGACAUCUAUGAAAAUACAAGUUUAUUUUUCGGUUCAAAGUCAUCACCGUGUAGCGCAAUUUAUGUUAAAAAUUUGAACGCAGAGAGAUUCGCAAACUGGAAACCCGAGGCCGCGGCUAGCAUCAAAAGGAAUAGUUACAUGGACGAUUUCUUAGUUUCCGGGAAAUAUGUAAACGAAAUGCGUAAGCAAAUUCGAGACGUGAUUGCCAUUAACAGUGAAGCGAGUUUGGAAAUGCACGGAUGGGCGUCCAAUGAUUCGCGCGUUGUCGAAGACGUUCGCAGGGAAAAUCAAUUGGGAAAAGAUGGGAAAGUAAGUCUCUGCGAUGAAGAAGAGAGAGUUCUGGGUUUGUACUGGGAUCGUAAUAACGACAUGUUGAGUUUCAACGUUGGACUGAAGAAAAUUCGCGAUAAGUUAUUGACGGGCUCGGUUAAACCAACGAAGCGGGAAUUUUAUAGCGUGGUAAUGUCGGUCUACGAUCCGCUCGGCAUCCUUUCUCCGUUUACUUUGCAGGCGAGAUUCCUUAUGCAAGAUAUUUGUCGCAGCGGUGUAAAGUGGGACGGAAGGAUUCGCGAGGAAGAAGGAGAACUUUGGGAGACGUGGUUGAGGAAUCUUUCGGAAAUUAAACAUUGCAAAAUUCCGCGUUGUAUGUUUCCUCUAAGUGAAUAUAAAAACGUUCAAUUACAUGUGUUUUGUGACGCGAGUUUAAAAGCUUACGCAACGGUUGGCUAUUUGCGUUUAGAAACUAGCGACCGUCGAAUUCAAAUUUUCUUGAUUAUGGCGAAAGCGCGCGUCCUCCCUUUAAAACCGAUGACCGUACCGCGUGCUGAAUUACAGGCAGCGCUAUUAGGAGCUCGUUUAGCAUCAAACAUAAUUAAGGAACUCGACGCCGUGGUGAAUGAGAGAAUUUUCUGGUCGGAUUCUACCACCGUGUUACAGUGGAUCCGUGCGAAUCCCAGAGAAAAACAAAUGUUCGUCGCAAAUCGUCUUUCCGAGAUCGGUGGUUUAACGAAAACAUCAGAGUGGCGCUGGGUACCAUCUCGACUAAACCCGGCCGACGACGCGACGCGAACAACAAGCGAACCGAUGCGUUCCACAGACCGUUGGCUGGUUGGCCCGGACUGGCUUCGCAGCCUUCCGGAUUCGUGGCCAAAGCAAAAGGCCUUGCAAGAAAAGGAAGUACGCGAAAUCAGAGAGUUGGAGUCACGUAAACAAUUUAUAGGCGCAAUUUUCUUAAACGACCCAGAAAAAUGCAUUGUUUCAGUUAGAAGUAGAAUUAUGGGGUGGGUUAGCAUUAGAAAGAUAGCCGAAUGUGUGCGCAAGAUAUUUUUUAUCUGGCGUCAAAACGCGUUAAAAAUCCGUGAGAAAUCUCUCACACUGAAACGACAUCGUUUAAUUCAACCUUUAGCAUGCGUCGAAGGUAAAUCGCCGGAAGAUAGAAUUUCACACGCCGAAAAGUUUUGGUAUCGUGACAUUCAAGCAACUUACUUUCCUCUUGAACUUGAGUUGAUUCAGAAGAGUAAGCCAAUACUACGAGGAAGUAAGUUGAUUGGACUCAACGCGUUCGUCGAUCAAGAAGGGAUACUUAGAGCUAGGGGUCGUACGUCGAAAGUUUCGUCUGCAUGGUAUCAAAACCAGCCGAUAAUUUUGGACGCGAGUCAUUUUGCAACGAAAUUGUUAAUUCACGAAUUUCACCGUCGGUUUGACCAUCAGAACAACGAAACCGUGAUAAAUGAGUUGCGACAGCAAUUUUAUAUCGUUGGCCUACGGACGCGAUUGAGGAGUCUUGCAAUGCGGUGUUUAAUUUGUCGAAUGCGUCGAGCGCGACCAGUAAACCCACCAAUGGCAGAUUUGCCAAAGUGCCGUACCGCAUACUAUCAACGGCCCUUCACACAUUGUGGAAUCGACUACUUCGGGCCAAUGUUCGUGAAGAUCGGGCGUCGCCGAGAGAAACGAUGGGGCGUACUCUUCACAUGUAUGUCGACUCGAGCGAUACAUGUGGAGCUAGCGAACACUUUGAGCGCGAGUUCAACAAUUUUAGCGAUAGAACGACUAGCAGGAAGGCGCGGCUGCCCUCAGGUGAUGUACAGUGACAAUGCCACUAAUUUUGUCAAAGCGCGUAAAGAGUUAGAUGACGCGGUAGUAGCGAUAAAACCUGAAGAUUUGCAACAGUUCGCAGCGAAAAAACGUUUUCGAUGGCGCUUUAAUCCUCCCGAUGCUCCACACAUGGGAGGAGCGUGGGAGCGAUUGAUUCGAUCGGUCAAAACGGCUCUUUAUCACGCGUUGGGCGAUCAAGCUCCUUUCGAAGAAGUUUUGUCGACAUUAUUAAUUGAAAUUGAGCACAUGAUAAAUUCGCGCCCGCUCACACACGUUUCGGUUGAUCCACGAGAUAAGGAAGCUUUGACACCUAACCAUUUCCUUCUCGGUUCUUCGUCGGGCUAUCUGCGACUAGAACGUUUCGAAAGUGAGAUUUCGAACCCGCGUAAAACUUUCGAAAUAGCGCAGAAUCUCGCAAAAAAGUUUUGGGACCGAUGGCUACGCGAAUAUUUGCCAACACUACUUCCGCGAAAAAAGUGGCACAAACUAACGCCGCCACUUCAGGUUGGAGACUAUGUUUUAAUUGUUGAUUUUCAAACCCCUCGUAACGUUUGGAAUAAGGGAAGGAUUACGGAAGUCUUUACAAACAAUUCCGAUAACGUGACUAGAGUAGCUAAAGUACGCGUAAGAAAGAAAGAGUUUGUUCGUCCGGUGCAUAAACUUAUUAAAAUAUUUAGCCCGACUGAGUCUAAAAUUGAAUGA